GAGUGAACUUUGACCUGCUGAUUGAACUUGUACAGGUGGGUCACGACGUCCACUUCCUGUCACAAGUCAACAUUUUAAAAAUAAAAAGACGUCAUGGCUUCCGAGGAGUUUGCAAAAAAGAACGUAAUUGAUGAAUUGACAAACAAAGGUAAGUCUACGUGAGACGUGUAACACGAAUGUCUUGGUUUUACACCCCUACAAAGGAGUACCGCCUUGAGGUUUUCUACAACAUUCUCUUGUUUUGGAAUGAGAGUCCACCUCAUGACGUUAGGGUAGUUUUUAAUGGCUAUAUAUGUCGUUACUAUGACUUUUACUACGUGUUGGCAAAGGUCAGUGGCACGUUGCUAUUUAGGAACAUUGGUGUUUACGUCGUCGUCAGCAAUUAAUACGGGGAAAGGGUAUAAAACUCUACUGGGGCCCUACAACAGAAUAUCCCCUCCCUCACACAUGUUUUUCAGUGUCAAAGAUGAAAUUGGUCAUUUGUGAACAUCGUUGAUUGUAACACUAACGCACGAUUACCCGAAUAAUUGCCUGGUACUCAUGUAGUAAUGUGUUUUGAUACUGCUGCAAUGUGUUUUAAUAUUAGUAAGGCUCGUGUAUGUCAAUUUAUACAAUAUACAGUACGCAGUAUGCCCCACAUCAAUAACUUUGGGGCAUGGCAUCUAUUAAAGCAGAAGCCACUAUUUGAGAAAAUAUAGUGUUUUGUGGUUCCUGAUUAUGUUUGAUUUUAUCGUAUGCAUAGGACACAUUUUUUCCAUACACUUCAGAAACAAAAAUGUAUUUAUGUAGCUAUGAGGAAAUUGACUUCUUGCCUGGUGUUUUUUUUAACCUUACACUGCUGCAGUCAGGUGACACAAGAUGAAUUAGUCAGCGUGUGAGAAGUUAUCACAUGUUCGAGAAGUUCCCGUGUGUUAAAUAUGAAAAGGAAGGUGGCAGUUUGGACUUGUUUUGUGUGGAUUUUGCUUUGACAAUGGAUGACUGGCAUCCUUUGCUUCCCCCAGCUAUACAGGAAUAUGAAGGCCUGCAAAGGAGGCAUGAAGCAGCAACUCAGGAGUGUAAGAUACUGGAAGAGGAACGAGAUGAGGCAAUUAAGAAGCUCAAUGAGUUUCAAAAAGUGUCUGUGAUGGUCAUUGAAGAGGUCACUGCCAUUCAGGAGAAACUGGAGAUUGAGAGAACGUGUCGAGAAAGCGCUGAAGCCCUGGCCUCCAAGUUGAACCAUCGGAACAACUCUUUGAAACGGAAGAGCAUGAUGUUGAUGUCUCACCUCAGCCCAGAGACCAUCAGCGAGAUAAACCUUGAGGAUGAAGAUAAAGAAGGUGAUGAGCUAAAUGCUGCCAGUCAGGACUGCUUGUCAACCACGUGCCAGAACAAAGUCUCAGAGCUGCAAAGUAAAUUGCAGUUGACACUGAAGGAGAAAGAUCAAGUAUGUGAUAGUCUUGCAAUGCUGAGAGAACAGCUGAAGGAAACCAGGCAAGAACUGCUGAAAGAAAAGCAUGAUUACACUGUUUUAAUGGCCGAGACGGUGCAGCAAAAGAAGAUGCUGAGAAAAUAUAACAGAGUGUCUCAGUUUGCUGUGGAGGAAUUUGAAGCCUUACAGGACAGCUUGAACCUGGAGCGGGCCUUGAGAGAGGGGGCAGAGAACUUUGCCAGAGCAAUGGUUGUUGAGCAAAAGAUGCUGAAGAGACAGAGCCAGAUCCUGACGCAGAGCUCCGCACCGAGCCGCGCGCUACAGGAGGCACUUAGCCAGGUUACAUCACUGACCAAGGAUUUGGAAACCUUAAGGCAGGAGCACCAGAGCGAGAUAAAGCAACUGGAGGCCAAUUUGAGUAGCUGUAAGGAGCUAAAGGCGCUGACAGCCGUGAGGUGUAAACUUGAGUUUGUGGAGGAGGAGAAGCGGGAGUGCAGUGACAAGUGCUCCAAGGCCCAAGCGGAGGUCAAGGAUCUGAGGUUUACGGUUGAAGAGCUUGAAAAGAAACUGCAAACGUUUACCAACCCACCACGUCCUCCAGUACCGACAUGUCUACCUCCACCUCCUCCUCCACCUCCACCCCCACCACCUCUUCCACCCUCAGCAGCCUUCAAUCCACUCAGCUCCCUGCUGUCAUUGAUCAGAAAGAGACAAAACAGCAGUGAUAUUCCACUUGUGGUCCACAAUUCUGACAAGACACCAGAAGUGGAUCUCAGGCAGCAGGCAGUCGAGGAAAUGAUGAACAGGAUCAAGAAAGGGGUUCAGCUUCGGCCUGUCAGCCAGAGACCAAGUAACAGGAGACAUAUGGAGAGGAUGCCCACUAAUUCUGCCUUCAAGGAACUUAAAGCAAUCAUGGGGAAUUUUGACAGGGCCGUUUCUCAACCGAAAACGUCAUCUUUAUCAUCCCAAGAUGACGAACUGCAGAAAAUCCUUCUGAGACGCCGUGACGUACUGGAAACCCCAAACGCCUCUUAGGGCAGUGACCCUCAAAGUGUGGUCAUACUACCACUAGUGGUACACAGGCUCACUCUCAUGGUACAUGAAAAGAAUCACUGCCCGUGUACACUUCAUUAUCAUUAUAAAAUUUUCUUAUAUUUUGGUGCAUAAUAUUACUCUCAUGAACACUUGGACCUACCACGUUACUGUUUUUUAAUGUUGGUCAUGAUGAUGGUACAAAUGCACUUAGUAUUUGUAUAGUGAUACUAAGGUUUGAGAAAGACUGCCUUUGGGUAUUACAUGACACCCUAGCUUUAUUUAGAUUUUCUUUUGGUCUGUUUUUGAGAAGUUUUCCUUCCAGACAAUAAACACCAUAAUAUUUAGGGAUGCACAAACUGUAAAUGGUGCACAGUGAAUGUGAAAAUAAAUCAUGCAUGACAGAGAAGCAAGAGUGGCCUAUUUGUGUUCCCCUGCUAUUCGCAUGGAUAGGGACCGAGCUCUGCCACCAAUAACAAAUAUCAACAAGUAAUUGACGCAC